AUGGCGACCUCUCGUGAUGCUCCAAACCCCCUGAGACCCUACUAUAUCCCGCCAUCUAUUGGGCCCCCUCCCGAUGUCCCGCAGAACCAGACAAGCUCGUCAUUACCGCCCGCUUUGAAGCCCAGUGCCAGUAGUAAAUCAAGUCUCGGCAGUCAGGCACGCGACAUUCUGUCCGAUCUCGACUAUGACUCGUACUUUCCAGAGACGUCGCCUUCAGUAGCUGGGCAUGCAAAGAAGCUGCUCGACCAUGCCUUGUGGAAUUACACCAGCGUCCUGUUAGCCCAACCAUUCGAGGUUGCGAAGACGAUAUUGCAGAUACACGAGGCAAAGGGACAACUAGCAGGCUUGGAGGGAGAUGUGCUCGGCCACAAGAGCAGGCCUCAGAGCUUCGCGAGCGGAAAGUUUGAGGAUUAUCCGCCUUCAGACGAGGAGUCGGACGAGGACUCGCCGUCAUACUUCACAUCUACUGCGCCGCGUAUGAACCCCACCUCGCCCUCGCCAUACUCCCCUUCCGUCGAACAAUCGAGGUCUCCACGGAGGCAUCAGAGGCGUCUCGACAGCCGAUCACGGUCACGAACACCCACACGACCCCCACCAUCCGCCAUACGCAAACUAGACCUCAAGCGACCGGACUCGCUUCUUGAAGUCAUAGCACAGCUGUGGCAGAAGGAGUCGGCGUGGGGGGUGUGGAAGGCUACAAACUGCACCUUCAUCUACAAUUUCCUGCUUAAGACGACUGAGGGAUGGUUCAGGAGUCUGAUCUCGGCCCUGCUGAACAUACCAGACCCAGGCCUAGUAGGAUCAGCAGGAAGUGGCAUAGGAGGUUUGGAUAUCCUGGAUAGCCCAAGCCCACUGACCUCACUCGGUGUUGCUGUCGCAGCUACAGCUAUCGCGGCCACCCUCCUCGCACCCCUCGAUAUGGUGCGCACCCGCCUCAUCAUCACACCCAUCUCCUCUUCCCCACGAUCUAUAUACCCUUGCCUCUCUCUUCUGCCCUCUUUUUCUGUCUCACCCAGCCUCCUUCCGGCUACCAUAAUGCACGCAUGUGUGCCCACACUUAUCUCCUCCUCAACACCUCUCUUCCUCCGCUCAACACUGAGCAUCGACCCGAUCCUCACGCCUACCACCUACUCCUUCAGCACAUUUCUCUCCUCCACAACUGAGCUAUUCGUCCGCCUGCCCCUUGAAACCGUUCUUCGGCGCGGCCAGGUCGCUGCCCUGCAGGACCACGAAACCCAGCGUCUAGCUUCUGAGUACCAGGUACCUCCUAGCCGUGCUAAAAGCCCGGCCUAUGGUCUGGAUAAGCCGAGCUCCGAUCAGAGCUUCAAGACGAUCGUGGACCCGGGUCAAUAUAGGGGUGUUCUGGGUACUAUGUGGUUCAUCGCUCGCGAGGAAGGCAUCUCAGUUCAGACCGCAAAUGCUGCCAAGGCCGCGAGUGCAAAGGCAAUGGGCUUCUCAAGGCCGCCGCGCACAAGGAAGGGUCAGGGCGUGCAUGGUCUAUGGAGAGGAUGGAGAGUGGGUGUUUGGGGUUUGGUGGGCAUCUGGGGCGCUGCCGCCCUUGGAGGUGGCGGCGCAUUUGAGAAGGACCCGUCAACAGAUGAGAUGCCAAUAUCCCCAUUCCAACUUGGAUCUGGCUUCACGGGGGGAAGUGUAUACAGCCUAGUGGUAUCCUUACAUAGAAGCCACGAACUACAUGGGACGCAACUCUUCACCAACCACCAGCUUGCCUUCACAAGAAUCGUUGUCAAUUUACUAGAUGCAGAUCCGUUAUUCGUUCUCAUCUCAAGUGAUUGUGCGACUGUACCAAGGCGUUCCCCUUUCUCAGUCGGCCUGAGAAUGAAGUUCAACGCCCUCGUCCUCAGCGCCAUCGCCCAAGUGGCUUCCGCCCAUUACUUUUUCGACACCAACAUUGUUGCCGGUGUUGCGCAGCCCCAGUUCAAAUACGUCCGCGAGUCGACCCGUGCCACCAAGUACAAUCCCAUCAAGUUCUCCUCCAACCCAGCUGCCGAUAUCCGUGAUGGAUCCACCGCCGAUGGCCCCGAUAUUGUUUGCAACCAGGGUGCCCAAAAGGCCGGCAAGACUCAGGUCAUGACCGUCAACGCUGGCGAGGAGAUCCGCCUCAAGUUGGCUGUUGGAGCCAAGUUCCAGCACCCUGGUCCCGCCCUGGUCUAUAUGUCCAAGGCUCCCAGCAGUGUGACUUCAUAUGAUGGAUCCGGUGACUGGUUCAAGAUCUUCGAGGAGGGUGUUUGCGGCAAUGGUGACUUCACCAGCGACGCCUGGUGCACCUACAACCGUGACUGGGUCGCGGCCAAGAUCCCCAAGGACACUCCCAACGGCGAGUACCUCGUCCGCGUUGAGCACAUUGGUGUUCACCGCUCCCACGUCAACCAGCCUGAGCACUACGUUUCCUGCAUGCAGGUCAAGGUUCAGGGUGGCGGUAGCGGUACCCCUGGCCCCAUGGUCAAGUUCCCCGGUGCCUACAAGGCCACCGACCCUUACGCCAACUUCAGCAUCUACAACGGCAAGAAGGACUUCCCCAUGCCCGGCCCCAAGGUCUGGGCUGGUGGUGCUAGCAGCGCCGGUGGUGCCACCACUCCCGCUAAGGAGGAGGCCACCUCUGCCGCCCCUGCUGCCCCUGCUAAGACUACCAUGGCCACUGUUGUUGCUCCUGCCCCUGCCGCACCCACCAAGGCUGCUGGCGGUGCUGGCUGCGCUGCCCUCUACGGACAGUGCGGUGGAAAGGGCUUCUCUGGUGCCAAGUGCUGCUCUGCUGGUACCUGCAAGGCUGCCAACGACUGGUACUCUCAGUGCGUCAACUAA